AUGGGUAUUAUUUAUCCUUCUGUUACGAAAAAGUCAUCUUGGUGCAUGGAAACAAGAAAUGUGGUAGCGAUAAUCUUAUUAUUAACGAAGGGAAAUAUACCACACUUAGAUUUUGAAAUUUUGUUUAAAAGGGGAAAUGGCUCAACAACUUGCAUUGUUGACUGUCAAUUUUGUGAUAUAAAUCGGGACGUUAGAGGAGGUGUACGAUGGAAAUGUUUAAACUGUGACCUUAAUCUUUGUGAAAAUUGCAAGACUGGAAGACAUUCAAGAAUCAAAGAUUCAAAUCAACAUCGUAUUAUCGAUAUACAAGCACUAAGAACUGAGUCUAGUCCUACCUUAACGGUAGCGGAAUGGACUAGGGAGAUGGAUCUUCACAAAAUUGUAUGUUUAGAGCAUCCAAAUAAAACAUGUUAUCACUUUUGCAAAGAGUGUAAAAAGCCAAUCUGCCCUUCAUGUUUUCUUGAACAUCGUGAUCACAACCUUAUUGAACUUGAACUCAUUUACAAAGAUCAACAACUAAGAUUGAAAAAUAUACAAAGAGAGAUUGAUAACGAUUUGCAAACACUUCCUGGAAUGAUGACAAUGAUAAUUAAGGAAGAGGAAGAAAUAUCAAGAAACUAUGAUGACGUCAGAUUUAAAAUAGAGCAGAGAGAAAGUGAAAUAAAAGUACAAGCAACAAAUGAUGCAAAACGUCUUUUGAAAGAUCUAGAGGAGUUUCGAAAAACUGAAAAUACAGUUAUAUAUCUGAAAUUCUACGAAGGCAGGGUCGUUGCAUUAAAUGAAGGAGGUCAUGUAAAAUGGACAUAUAAAGCGCAUGACAUGGACAAAUUUAAUCCUUGUGACAUAGUGACAACCUCUACUGGGUUAGUAAUUAUAACUACAGACUACUAUGGUAAUGUCGUUCAUAUUUUAUCCGAAAAUGGCGACUUCCUAACAAAGUUCGGAGGAGAUGAAGUCAAUAUAUCGAUGGUUAGAUGUUUAAACAAUGAUCAAGAAGAGAAUUUGCAAAUUGCAUGCAAUUUUUUGGACCAUGUUGAAAUAAUGAUAGCGAAAAUCUUGUGA